CAAUUAUAUAUCUCAUUCAAUGAGAGGAUUUACAAAAAAGAUUAUUUUUAAUACUUAUAGUUUCUUCCUGGUUUUCAUUAGAGUGAAUGUUAAGCAAUGGCGAUGUUGGUGCUUGUUUUCUUUGCUAUCACUGGAAAAAUUCAUGCCAUUCCCAGUGGUUCCCCGUCUCUUUCUUUACUGUCCUCAUACAGCGUGAACGAAGGACAAACAAUAACACUACGGUGUUCGGUCUCUCAGAAUUCGAGGUCGCCUGAUCCAAUCACGUGGCACUGGCUCUGUGCCGAUGACGACCUGACCGCGAACAGUACGGACGACGGAGGAGGAUCAUCCACCCUGAGGUUCACGGCGGACCGGAAGUACGACAAGCAGUCCUGUUAUUGUAGGGCGGUGUCACGUGAUUCCUUGAACCUGACAUAUGAUAAGACCUCUAGUUACAGAACCAUUGACGUCAAAUACACACCCCGGUCAUCUCCCAUCAUUAACACUAGUAAUAUAGCAUUAGUCUCUGGCGGAGAAGCAGUCUUGAGCUGUUCAAUUGACUCCAUUGGUAACCCUGCCAUCAGUUGGUCUUGGAAAUGUGGAACACAAUCGAUGUACACUAGGGUACAGAAGAGAGGCCGGACGACGGAAGUGGUGAUCCUGGCGGAGCAGAGACUUGAUGGACUCUCCUGCUACUGUACAGCACAGGCCUCUGGGUUCCAGGCUUCUUCAAAACCUGCACUUGUUUCCGUUCGUUAUAUCCCGUCUGAUUAUCCACAAAUUAGCAGAACUGCGACCAGUGUAAGCGUUGGCUCCCCUGUUGUGCUCCGAUGUUCGUUAUCUUCUGCUGGAAACCCACCAGUCACGUGGUCAUGGUUCUGUAAUGACGUCAUGGUGAAUAAAGGCGUUAAUCAAAUGGGGAAAUCAACAGAGUUAUCUUUCCUUGCCGAACAGAACGACGAUAAAAAAGGAUGCUACUGUCGAGCGAAGAACUCUCUAUCUGUCGCCGGACGAUACGACGAGAAGUCAUCUGAUAGUUACAUACGAAUAAUAGGUACGCCGAUAGUAAGCUCUGUCAGACAAUCAGAGAAGGGUGGAAUCUCACCGGUGGCGUUUGGGGUCACCCUGGCUUUUCUCUUGGUAGUCAUUGUCACGUGCCUUGUGGUUAUUGUUAUCCAACACAAGAGAAUCCCUAAGGAAUCAUCGCUGACCUCAUGGUUCCUCGUCAAAAUAGGGAGACGAUCAAAUUUGGAAAGCCAAAUCCAGGACACAAAAUGUACUAUAGAGGAACAUAACUAUGAGGUACUUACGACGGGCAACCAGAGCAAAGACGCUGAUGAAAGAGUUCCAACUUACCAAAAUUUAAGAGUGAAAAGGGGCCAUAAACAAAGACCUGCUGUGGUUAAGAACAAGGAGCUCUCUGUGAUUCGUUCAUAAGUCUCUCUUUUCCAAGCUACUGUGUUCAAUGUCAUGCUAAUUUCACAUUUUUGGUUUGGGGAGAGGUAAGGUUUCUGGUUUAGAGAGGGUUAGUUUUUUGGAUUAGGGAGGGAUUAGUUUUUUGGGUUUGUGGAGAGGUUAGUAUUUUGGUUUUUUUGGAAGGGUUUAUUGUCAUGCUGAUUUGUUAUUUUUUGGUUUGGGGAUUGUUUAGUUUUUUUGGUUUGGGGAUCGUUUAGUUUUUUAGUUCGGGGAUUGUUAAGUUUUUUUUAUUUGAGGCUUAGGUUUUUUUUGAUUUGGGAGGGUUUUAUUUCUUCAGUGUUGGUAGGGUUUAUUGUAUGCUGAUUUGUUAUUUUUGGUUAAAGGAGGGGUUAGUUUUUUGUCUGGGGAGUGGAUAAUUGCGGGGUUUUUUUGUGGGG